GUUACAGUUGGAAAAACGUCUUCAGAAGUCCUCGUCUUCCAAACCCAGGUGUGUCAGACAGCUGUGGUAAAGGCAGCUCUGCCGGGUGUUUCCUCUGGGGAAACCACCUGAGCCUGAACUCCCCAGCUGAAACGUGUUAGUGGAGGCCAUGGCAGGGAGAUGCUGGGAGCAGUAAAGGACGUGUUCAUCAUGAGAAACCUGCACCAAAUGCACCCGAUGGCACCAAGCAGAGUCCCAAAACGAUAUUAAGCUCCUCCUGGAUGACGUCUGAUUUACAGGGUGAAGUUGGCAGAUGAUGAUGAUAUUUCAGGAGCUUGUUGAGCGAUUGGUCUGAGGUUCCUGCAUUUCCAUAAACAGGAGCUCCAUAUCCAUAUCUGAGCCCUCAUAUAUAUACAGCCGGGGAUGAUUUCAUUCCACUGUCACAGGCCACCACUGUCCUCCUCCUCCGCUUUCCGUCUGGUCGUAGACUGUGAAGUAAAGAAACCGCCAACAUGUCUGAAAAAAAGAUGAACUCGAGUCGCAGGCAUCAUCUGAAGAGUUUGAUGCUGUCGAUUGCGGCGAACUGGAUUGCGCAGGAGAAAAAGGACAUCGCAGCUGCCAAGGAGGCCUACCUGGCUGAACACUGCCCUAAACCCAGCAUGGGCGGAGACCAGGCCACGCUCAUGGAAACCUGCAAGAAGUUGCACGCCCUCAUAGACAAAGCAGAUGAAGAGAGGUACGACCUGGAGAGCAAAGUGGGCAAGGCUGACAAAGAGAUCGAUGACCUGAAGAUGAAAGUGGUUGACCUGGCCGGACUGAAGAAGCCGGCUCUGAGGAAAGUGCGCAUGACCGCUGAUGCCAUGCUCAAAGCUCUGCUGGGCUCCAAACACACAGUCAACAUGGACCUGAGGGCCAACUUGAAGCAGGUCAAGAAGGAGGUCAAAGAGGAGCCUCUGGAGGCGGUCGGCGACUGGCGUAAGAACAUCGAGGAGAAGGCUGACAGGAAGAAGAUGUUCGAGGCCGCCUAAAGAAUUUAACUCUGCUCAUCCAGCUUCUCUGGGCUGUUAGCACUUUUUAUGGGAUUUUUCAUUGAAUGGAAAUAACUUGUUUAAUUAAAUUUGUAAAGUUCAUCUCGGUCUGUUAUUGUACAUUU